GAGUGAGUGAGUGAGCGAGUAAGUGAGUGAGUGAGCAAGUGAGCAAGUAAGUGAGUGAGUGAGCAAGUAAGUGAGUGAGUGAGUGAGCAAGUAAGUGAGUGAGUGAGUGAGCAAGUAAGUGAGUGAGUGAGUGAGUAAGUGAGUGAAUGAGUGUGCAUGUGCAUGUGCAGGUAAUUAAUUUCUCCUCCGUCUGAGCGCGUCUCGUCCAUCUUCCUCGCCGGCCCACCGUUACUUUCCUCGAAGUCACAAGAUUCCUGGUUUUUUGACCCCCCUUUUUACUUCCAAACUUUUGAAUCCUUCAUUCUGCAAGUUUUGACGAGACUUCGGGGAUUUCUGAGACGAUCUCCAGGUGGGUUCUGACUCUCGACUCCGACCUGGGUCUCUUGAGCACUCUCGUGUCCCUGUGUUGCCUUCCAAUUCUGUUGUAUUCUAGAGCAUUCGUGGAGGAGGGUCCCCCGUAGUUGGGUUUCUGGGCCUUGUAGCCCCUGAUGCUCGUUUCUUUUUUGGAUAUUUGGGGUGAGUUGGUAGUGGAUGUUGAAAGGGUUUUGUGAGAAAUUGGUGAGGAUUCGAGGGAGUGAUGGUGUCGGGGAGAUUGUGGAAGAAAGGUCGGUUUUUUCAAAAAACAGCACUCUAAGAGCAUUUGGGAGUUAGGAGGAGGCAGGUGGGAGAAUUUGUAAAGCGACAUGGAGCUGGCGAGAUGGGUUUUUGGUUGAUGAGGUGCGAGAUGGUGGUGGAAGGAGUUGGUGAUGGAAUACUUGGGGUUUGAGGAGGGAAGUGUUUGGGCGCACGGAAGGAGGAUGGCAUCGGAAAUUGAAAUAGUGGCAGAGGGGGUAAUGCCUCGAGAGAGUGAGGGGGUUUCAUCUUCUGGGGAUGGAGGCUUGAAGCCUGACGAGUCGCAGAGGAAGGAUGAUGUUUACACUGCCGCGGCGUAUGGAGAUGUCGAGAAACUGCGCAGGCUGGUGGAGGAAAGGGGGUGCUCUGUGGUGGAGCCGGAUUCUGGUGGUUACUAUGCGUUGCAAUGGUGUGCUUUGAAUAAUCGGACAGCUGCUGCUCAAUAUCUUCUUGAGCAUGGAGCAGACGUGAAUGCUACUGAUUUUACUGGACAAACUGCUCUGCACUGGACAGCUGUGCGUGGGUCAAUACAGGUGGCGGAGUUAUUGCUUCAAAAUGGGGCUCGCGUUGAGUGUGCAGAUUCUCAUGGAUAUCGAACUUCUCACGUGGCUGCACAAUACGGACACACCCAUCUGCUAUACCAUAUUGUCACAAAAUGGGGUGCUGAAGUGGACCCCCCUGACCAUGAUGGACGCAGCCCACUGCAUUGGGCCUCCUACAAAGGAUUUGCAGAUUGUAUUCGAUUGCUACUUUUUAUGGACGCCUGUUUGGAUCGAGUGGAUAAAGAAGGGUGCACACCGCUGCACUGGGCAGCAAUUCGGGGUAACUUGGAAGCUUGUACAGUGUUGGUACAGGCAGGUACCUUGGACAAUUUGAUGACUAAGGAGUCCACUGGAUGUACUCCAGCACAGUUAGCAACCGACAAAGGGCAUCGGCAUGUGGCUCUAUUUCUGACGAAUGCUCGAAGAAUCUUCACUAAUCGAUGGGACGAAAAGAACCGCCUCGGGAGGUUUGCCAGGCUUGGGUUAGCGCCUGUGCUUUGGGCUAUUAUUAUUGGUCUUCUUAUUAUAUUCAUCAACUCUGUAAUUACAUCAAGAUCACUGUUAACCAUUACAGCUGGAGAUGGAUUUUGGGCUUGUUUGGUCAUCAUAUUAGCUACCGGCGGUCUUUUCCUCCUUUAUCGUUGCACAAGCAAAGAUCCGGGGUAUCUUACACACAUGCGUGGACAGCCAAGAGAUAAAAAUCAUGAAGAGCCUCUUUUGAAAAGGGAUUUGAGCAGUCCAGCGUUGUGGGCAGGUUACUGGGCGCAGUUAUGUCCCACUUGCAAGAUUGUGAGACCAUUGCGAUCCAAGCAUUGCUCCUCAUGCAACCGCUGUGUCGAUCAAUUUGACCAUCAUUGUCCUUGGAUUUCAAAUUGUGUUGGCAAGAACAACAAAUGGGAUUUCUUUAUUUUCUUAUGUAUGGAGGUCACAGCCAUGAUUAUUGCAUUAUGUGUCACUCUUCAUCGAUUGUGGCUUGACCCAACAGCUCCAUCUGGGGGUGGGAAAUUCCUUCGGCAUGUCGCACUUUACCAUAGCGGUGCACUUGUAUUUUUAAUUGGAGAUAUAUUCCUUCUGCUUGGUACUGGUAUGUUGACUGGAAUGCAAGCCAUGCAGAUUGCUCGAAAUAUAACUACAAAUGAGAUGGCGAAUUCUUUGAGGUAUGCCUAUUUGAAGGGAUCUGAUGGUCGAUUCCGCAACCCAUACGACUCUGGAUGUCGCAAAAAUUGUGUUGAUUUUCUUCUUAAUGGGUAUAAUGAAGACAUCGAAGUGCCAUGGGAACCCAUUCAACAACAUGGAGGUGUAAUACAAAUGGGCGACAGAUCUAUAGCAGCAGGUGCAGUUGGUGCUAGCCUAGGCGGAGUACCUGGUCAGAACUCGAGCAACGUGGCUAAUGGGUUGAAAAAUCAUGUACACUCUUCUACAUGUUCACAUAAUCAUCAAGGCCACACUCAUAGCGGCCAUAUCCCCGUAGGGUUAGGAAAUUUUGGACUACCCAAUCAUGGGAAUCAUGAUCAGGACCACACUGCUUAGAGCAACCUCAAUCAGGAAUAACCCUUGGAGGAUUGUAUCGAUGUAGUUGAUAUGGUGGCUGACAGUCGCAGCUUGGGUUCCCACUAAUUAAAGCGCAUGCUUCAGUACACGACUUUGAGCAACUCAGAUGAAUCGAGCACUGCAGUUGUGUCUGCUGCUGCACCUUUUGUACAAGUAAUCAAUGUUUGCCUCUGGUGUAAUUAUUUU